AUGGAGUCCAGAGGGAAGGCGGCCAGCAGCCCCAAGCCCGAUGCCAAGGGGCCCCCGGCCGGGGCGGAGGUCAGAGGCCCCCCGGCGGCGGACGGGAAAGCCGCCUCGGCCAAGCCUGGGAAGAAGGAGGCCCAAGCGGAGAAGCAGGAGCCGCCGGUGGCCCCUGCCCCACCGCCUGCCAAGAAGACGCCGGCCAAAGCCGACCCCGCCCUUCUCCACAACCACAGCAACCUGAAGCCGGCCGCCCCGGCCCCGGCCCCCGCCCCCAGCGGCCCCGACACGGCCCCGGAGCCCAAGGGCCCUGGCAACGGGGCCGAGGAGGACCAGGUCCCCAGUGGGGGCCGGGGUGGCCAAGGUCCCUGCCCCUUCGAGAACUUGACGCCCCUGCUGCUGGCUGGGGGCGCGGCGAUGGCUGCCGUGGCCCUGAUUCUCGGUGUGGUCUUCCUGGCCCGGAAGAAAUGA